CGGGGCGGCUCCGCUGCUCCACUCCGCCUCCCCCUCCUCUUUCUUGCUGUCACAUUCCUACCACUUGAGUCAGGCCUGGAGGCGGCAGCAGCGGCGGCGGCGGCGGCGAGCGGGCUGCUGGCUGCACCAGGAAGCGCAGGGCCCGCACCAUGUAACCCAGGCGGAGGCAGACCAGCAGCCGAGCAGGGCGAGGAAGGGAAGCCGGCCUGGCCAUGGGGGACGGCGGAGCAGAGGAGGAGAUGGUGGAGCUGCCCCUCACCGACGCAAACUUGACAGGCCAUGAAGAGAAAGUUGGCAUGGAAAACUUUGAACUACUCAAGGUCCUGGGUACUGGAGCCUACGGGAAGGUGUUUCUGGUGCGCAAGCUCAGCGGUCACGACGCCGGCAAACUGUACGCAAUGAAGGUGCUGCGUAAAGCAGCCAUAGUGGCCAAGGCCAAGACAACGGAGCACACGCGCACUGAACGAGCAGUGUUGGAACACGUGCGGCAAUCGCCCUUUUUGGUGACGCUCCACUAUGCCUUCCAGACGGACUCCAAGCUCCACCUUAUCCUAGACUAUGUGAGCGGUGGGGAGCUGUUUACCCAUUUGUAUCAGCGGGACCACUUCUCCGAGGACGAAGUGCGCUUCUACAGCGGGGAAAUCAUUUUGGCACUUGAACACUUACACAAGCUUGGCAUAAUCUAUCGUGAUGUGAAGCUGGAGAACAUCUUGCUGGACAGCGAGGGGCACGUGGUCCUCACGGACUUCGGACUGAGCAAGGAGUUUGUAACUGAGGAUAAAGAACGGACUUUCUCCUUUUGCGGCACCAUCGAAUACAUGGCCCCGGAAAUCGUAAGGAGUAAGAGCGGGCACGGCAAGUCUGUGGACUGGUGGAGUUUAGGACUCUGGGCCUUGAACUCGCCGUUGAUUGAGGUGCCUCAGCCUUCACGCUUGGAGGGCUUGAAGAACUCUCGAGCUGAAGUGUCCAGGCGGAUCCUAAAAUGCAACCCUCCGUUCCCGUCGCUCAUUGGCCCUGUGGCCCGUGACCUGCUCCAGAAGCUGUUAUGUAAAGACCCCAAGAAGCGUCUGGGCUCGGGGCCCACAGGAGCACAGGAAAUCAAGGAGCACCCCUUUUUCAGGGUGAGGCACACACCAGUGAAACCUACCCGCAUCCAGCAGCUCCCUUUCCUUCCCCAGGAAAGACACAUUCUUCCUCUAAGAACUUCAAGGGAGGAAUUCACCAGCCUGGAGCCCAUCUACUCCCCUGCAGGGACUCCUCCCAGCCUCGACCGAGUCUUCCAGGGAUAUUCCUUCAUUGCUCCUUCCAUCCUUUUCAACCGCAACGCUGUGACAGCUGACGUGCUGGGGGCAGUGCUGGACUUGGAGCGCCCAGGAAGUGCGGCCGUGGCCCGCAGUGCCAUGAUGAAGGAUUCUUCAUUCUUCCAACAGUACGAGAUGGACUUGAAGGAGUCGCCCCUUGGUGAAGGCAGCUUCUCCUUGUGCCGCCGGUGCCGCCAGCGGCAAAAUGGGGCUGAAUUUGCUGUCAAGAUCAUCAGUAAAAGGAUGGAAGUGAAUACGCAGCGGGAAGUGGCCGCCCUGCAGAUCUGUGAAGCCCAUCCAAACAUUGUCAAGUUACACGACGUCCAUCAUGACCAGUACCACACGUACCUGGUGAUGGAGUUGCUUCGGGGCGGGGAACUCCUGGACCGCAUCAAGAAGAAGCAACACUUCAGCGAAUCGGAAGCCAGCCAGAUCAUGCGCAGCCUCGUUUCUGCCGUCAGCUUCAUGCACGAUGCCGGUGUGGUGCACCGUGACCUCAAGCCCGAGAACAUUCUGUAUGCAGACGAGUCAGAGGGAGCACCGGUGAAAGUGAUCGACUUUGGCUUUGCUCGCCUGCGACCCCAGAACUCGCAGCCCAUGCAGACGCCGUGCUUCACUUUGCAGUAUGCUGCACCUGAGCUCUUGCAAGAUGGGGGCUAUGAUGAGUCCUGCGACCUCUGGAGCCUGGGUGUCAUUUUGUACACCAUGCUAUCCGGGCAGGUCCCCUUCCACAGCAACCAGGAAGGGAGCUCAGCAAACCAUGCGGCUGAGAUCAUGCACAAGAUCAAAGAGGGGCAGUUCUCCCUGGAGGGCGAGGCCUGGAAGAACGUGUCCGAGGAAGCAAAGGAGCUGGUUAGAGGUCUCCUCACCGUGAACCCUGCCAAGCGGCUUAAGAUGUCCAGUUUGCGUUAUAGCGAGUGGCUCCAAGAUGGCAGUGCCCUCUCUUCCACGCCUCUUAUGACUCCAGAUAUCCUGGAAAGCUCAGGGCCGGCUGUGCGGACCGGCGUCAACGCUGCCUUUAUGGCCUUCAACAAGGGCAAGCGUGAAGGCUUUUUUCUGAAGAGCGUGGAGAAUGCCCCCCUGGCCAAGCGCCGCAAGCUGAAGAUGUCCAGCACCGGGGCCGAAGCACGCCGCAGCAGCAGCUCUUCCUCUUCCUCCUCGGGCUCCUCCUCGGCAGCUUCUUCCCGCCCCCACAAAGCCAAGGUUCCUACCAGUCGCCACGACCCGCCCUCGUAGCACCUCCUGGAAGGGGGUGCCCUCAGAAGGGCAGGAGGGGGAAAUGGGUAUUUAUUGUCUGUGUUGCUGUUGGGGGAGGAAGCCUCCUCCUCCUCCGCCCCCUCAUUUCCCACCCCCCAUGUGAUGUGGUAUCUUCAUUCAUAAUGGGGUCUAUUGUGUUGUUCAAGGUGGCAAAGGUCUGUCGGGGAAAACACUGUGUCUGCAGGGAGAGAGAGAACUCCCGAAGGAUCCACUGGAGAGGGACGUUUGUUGCAGGGAAAACGGGAAAGCGGCCAGGCGGUCAGGGCCCAGGCGUGCCACUUUUUAAAAUGCCAAAUCAAGAUCCAUUUCUGAUGGUGGUUCAGGGGCUGCUGCCCUGGCUCAAGGACGUGGCCAAGGGAGAUUCCCAAGGUCAAGCGACGCACUGCCGGUCUGUCCUCCCAAAGCACAAGAGGGCAGGUCCCUUUCCCCAAGCCCUGGGGCUGGAUUCGGACAGCAAAGGGCGAGGGUUACAGAUUAGCUGUGAACAACUGCCCAGCCAAAAAAAAAUGUUGGAUGGGAAGGAGAUGUUUUCUUUAUUUGUAACGCCAUUUUUAUAAGAAUGAGAGAGGGAGUCUACUCAUCUUAAACCCAAAGCCAGACCUUUGCAGGUGGGCAGAGUGAAUCUUUUCUCCUGUGCAAUCUCAGUGCAGCUGCAACCCAUGCCCCACCACCCGUGCCCUGCUUUGGUGCCUUUUUAACCUGGCACAAAUUGAGCAGGUAAAGAUUCUCCUGGCAUGACAAUCCAAGUGUUUGGGAAAUCUACGCCUAUUUAAUUUCUGCAUCUUUGACUGUUAAAGGCACAAAGCAGGACUAGAUUUUUUUUUAUGUGGCAACCCAGAAUCCUGUUCUGAGAAAGAUGGAAAGGAAUGAAGAGUAUCACAGGAAGAAGAAAAAAUAAUCCAUCUUAUUUGAUAUAGGAUAUGACUUCUUGCACCCCUGCUCAGGGGAGGGGAAGGCUCAGAAGCCAAACAGGAACUUUUGCGGGAGUGGGGAGGUGUCUGCCUAAACCUGCCAAUUUGGGGCAAAGGAUCUUCAAUUUUUUGCCUUAUAAGUCCCAGUAGAAACUACUUACUGGGAGAAUCUAAGCUCAGGCACUUCAGGAAAAACAAGGGUUGAGGGGGAGGGGACGUCAAGGGGGAGGGAGAGUAUAUUUUUAGGAAAAGAAAGAGAAUGUUUGUAUUUUUUAUCUGACAUAGUGAAGGUGAAUGUGGGAGUUUUCUCAGAUGGCACAAUAUAGAAUGGUGGGGGGGGAGGGGAAAAUCACUCAUUCGUUACCCUAAGCAGGAAUCUAUCCCCCUUUCACCACCUUAAAGAGACGUGAGACUAAGUGUAGAAACAUUUUAAAAGGAUGGGACUACAUUCAAUCAUUAAAACACAAAUUGAUUAAAUAAUCCCUUUUACAGACCAGAAAAGGAGAUUUUUUUUCUAAAACUGGUAUUUCACACAUUGGGGAAGAAAAAACCAAUUAUAGAUUUUUAAAAUUCUUCUGUGGUGGAAAGUGCUAUCGAGCCACAGCUGACUUAUGGUAACCCCGUUGGGCUUACAAAGGAAGAGACAUUUGCCUCCGUAUGGAUGAGAGAGUUCUGAGAGAACUGACUGCCCAAGCUUACCCAGCAGGCUUCAUAUGGAGGAGUGGGGAAUCAAACUCAGUUCUCCAGAUCAGAGUCUGCCACUCUUUAACUAAUGUACCACAUUGGCUCGCUUGUGGCAGCAUAUGGAUUCCAGUUUCACUAACGUGCUGAAACCCCAUAAAAUUCACAGUAAAAUAGAUUCAGCUCAUCAAGCUAUUUUGACACUUGUGUAGAAAUUUCAUUUCCAAACUUAAGCUAUUUUCUUUUUUAAAUGACAACUACCCUUUUGGUGACUUUUUUUGCAUUUUUAUGACAAUUUGGUGACGCCGUCAUAAACAAUCACCAAGUACGUUUAAAUUAAUUUAACUUAAAUUGAACAGCGCAACCAACUGUGGUUUGGGAGUACAGGGAUAUUCAGUCUUAGGGGCUUUUUAGAUUCACUUCCUCCUCACCUUUUAUUUGCAACCAGCUAAACUUCUAGAUUCAUGACAGACCGUCAAACUUCAAACCACGGUUUGCACUCUUCCCUACAAGCCAGGUUUAGAAUCCUGAUUUAUAUGGAAGAAUGGAAACCAGGCCUAGGCAGUCUUUUUGACCCCAAAAGAUUGCCUAUACCUGCUUCAUAUGCUUCCAUUGCCCAGGCUUGUUCACAUACUUGUCAACUUGAAGUGUUCCUUCUGUUAGUGAUUUCUGGCUAAUUGAAGUGGAAUAAAAUUCAGAAUUGCACUGUCAAUUCUGAAACACUGAAAAAAGUGCUCCAUCAGGGAGUGUUGCCUGAAGUAAAGGGGCAAAUAGAUACAGAGUGAUUUUUGAGACGCUGUCCUCCCUACCUUACAGAAGGCUGAUUCUCAUUUGUAUGCAAGACCAGAACGGAGUGCACAUUUAUAGUCUGGAGUAUAUAACCCAGAAUUUUUAGGAAAAUGUUCUCAUAUGAAGAACAUGAAAAGGCUCUGAAAGAGGGGCUGAGAAAGAGGGGAAAGCGUGGCACUUUUAAAGGGGAGUGCAAUUAGACACCUGAACUACCUGGAAACUUUGAAGGGUGGGGGGUGCAGAAGGAAUGGUUCUUGCCUCCCACCUAAAUAUUUUUUUUAAGAAAUAGUUAAUCUGUUUGACUGGCUUCACUGACUGCCAGAGUCCACUAUAAAUGAGUAGCAGAGACAUCCUCACGAACUUUUCAGUAACAUCCACCACUGUGAACGGCCACAAAAGAUGGCUCUCAUCCUACUUACCCAUUAGACUAUUCUGGUCUUCAUUUAACCACUUCCUGUUCCUUUUUAAAAUCUCCAUUUUCUUGCUUCGGGGAUUGGAGGGAGUUUUCUUUCAAGAAAGACAAGCCUUUCCCCACCCCACUCCUAGUAAAUACCAUCCUUUUCUCCAAACAUCAGUUUGGGAAGGUGUAAAUGGAUCUAGUUCCUAGAUGGGGUACAGGAGACAUAUAACUCACGCCCGAGGGCAUUUUCCAGUAUCUUAAGGAAUGGCCGAGUGGGGGCUAAAGAAUUAAGUUUUUGUCGCUCUCUGUUGUUGGAAGUGAAUUGACAGCACUUAACACAGAGAGAUUAUGAUCUGCGGGAAAGGUGUGUGGGUAAUGAAAGAACUCCGGGCAUGUCUGUGCUACUCAUUUAAACCUGUGUCAAACCAGUUUCAAGAGAGUGCCCCAAGAAACACUGGGAAAUGCAGGGAUCUCUGGCACCAAAUUCUCAGCACCGUCACCAAAAAAUCCCCAUCCUAUAUUUUUGCCCUUUUAGAGACGCUACUCAAGAGUUAAUCCAGUUUCAAACCAGUUUGAAUCUGUAGCAGAGAUGUUAGCCUCUUGUGUCUUGCCAGCUGCUCCCCUUCAUUCACAAUUUUUUGCACUUGGCAGCUGUUUUAUUUGGGGAGUGAGGGGGACUCCCUUCCUCGGGGCAACUGGGUAUAUGUAUGCGUGUGUAUGUAAUAUGUGUGUGUAUGUCUUUACUGCCAUGUCCACCCUCUCUGUUGAAGAUGGUGGGGAGACUGGGUGGAGUGUAUUCUUAAAAGUCCUUCUCUAAGCAGCACAAAAGGCCAAGAAACAGCCAUCAGGGGCAUCUCGUCCAUGCAACCAAACCAUGUGUAUUUUUUAUUUCAAAAUAAAAAUCGCCUCUGAA